ACAGAGGAUGUGAUUUUCCACAAUAUAUAUAAACCUGUAUAUAAACCAUAAGUCCAAGAUCAACAAAAUCUUACAAUAGUUUUCAAACAAGUUAGCAAUGGCGAAACUAGCUUUAGUUCUCGUGAUAUUGUAUAGUCUCCUCUUCGCUAGUGUCCUUGAUGCAACCACUCCAGACCAAACCAAGGCUCUGCACCGGUCUGGACCUUCUCCAGGGAGUUCACAUAAUCCACCAAGAGCUUCUCCAGCACAAACCACUGACCGUUUGCUUUGGGUUGUACCUGUGAAGCCACCACCAAACAUUUCAGGCAAAACCAGUAAUCGUUUGCUUUGGGCUGAACCUGUGAAGCCACCACCAAAUACUGCAGGCAAAACCAGUAACCGUUUGCUUUGGGCUGAACCUAUGAAGCCACCACCAAACACUGCAGGCAAAACCAGUAACCGUUUGCUUUGGGCUGAACCUGUGAAGCCACCACCAAACACUGCAGGCAAAACCAGUAACCGUUUGCUUUGGGCCGAACCUGUGAAGCCACCACCAAACACUGCAGGCAAAACCAGUAACCGUUUGCUUUGGGCUGAACCUGUGAAGCCACCACCAAACACUGCAGGCAAAACCACUAACCGUUUAAUUUUGUCUGAACCUGUGAUACCACCAAUCACUGCAGGCAAAACCAGUAACCGUUUGCUUUGGGCUGAACCGCCACCAAACACUGCAGGCAAAACCAGUAACCGUUUGAUUUUGUCUGAACCUGUGAUCCCACCAAUCACUGUAGGCAAAACCAAUAAUUGUUUGCUUUAGGCUGAAUCUGUGAAGCCACCAAACACUGCAGGCAAAACCAAGACUUUGUUCUAAGUGUUUGUACUGCAGAUAUGCUGAUUAAAAUAGAUAUGAUGUACUAGUCGACUUUAAUAAAAACUAUCGAGUUUUUCUAUAUAACUAA